CAGAGACGAGCGCUCGCACGGACGCGGUAGGUUGCACGGUGUGGUUCAUGAAGCGCCGCCGGAAGACAUCGAUGGUGGAGUAUCGCAUCCAUUCAGGGAAAGGUCUGACAGAGACCGAUACUGCGGCUUUAAUGGAGAGCUGAGACCGAAUAUGAGAUUCACGUCCUUAAUGAUGUACAUAUCGUCGGUCCUGGGAUUCGUUUUCUAUGUCUUUAUAACCGGAUUUGCUCUUGCCGCACCUCGCAUCAGCCUCUACGAUGCGUCGCCUAUUUCCACCGACACGCCUCGCCGUUUACCGGACAGCAGGUUCGCUUUGACGCCGCCGUCUGCCAUUGUUCCCCCCGGCUCCGCGGCGACUCGCGCCCCGCCGACCGCCACGCUCUCCCCCGCCACGAAAGCGAUAGCCGACUCCGGUGCUUCCAGGUUAACCCCCCCCCGGAAAAGAUCCGCAGACCCCCACGCGUCAUCGCUCUCUACCCCGGAGAAAAUCCUCCAGACUAUGACGUCCGUGGUCUCUCCGCGUUCGGCCAACGAUGCGUGGUCUGCGGAUAGGAUGGACGCAUCUGACACAUCCCUGGAGAGCAGCCAAGACGGCUUUUGUAACUGCAGCACUGCAGGAGAGGGGAUUUUGUAUCCUGACGAGUGUAACCAGAGCACCGGUCAGUGCUCAUGUCUAAAAGGCUACAGUGGUCUGCAGUGUGAAGACUGCGAGGAGGGCUACUUCACCAACGGCACCAGUGGCUGCCUACCCUGCACCUGUGACUCCUUUGGUGCAGUGAGCCACCUGUGUGACAGCUCAGGGAUAUGUGCGUGCAAGCCGGGAGUGUACGGACCCAAGUGUGACGAGUGCCACCCAGGAUUCUUUCACUUCAGCAGUACUGGCUGUCAACCCUGCCAGUGUCAAAACCAAAACAACUACUGCCACCCGCAGUCAGGUGUGUGUCUGAACUGUGAGGGCAACGCCCAGGGGACCCAGGGGUCCAACUGUGAGGAGUGCAAGCCUGAUCAUUACCGCAGCCCCGGCACUCCAUUGACUGAAGCCUGUGUCCCGUGUCCCUGCUCCAACGCCUCCUCUACUGGCGCCUGUCACACGGAUCCCAGCGGCUCCCCAGUAUGUGACCAGUGCCUUCAGAACCACACGGGCCCGCUAUGUGACCGGUGCAGCGCGGGCUUCUACAAAUCAUCCGGAGCCUGCUUGCCGUGUGACUGCAGCGGGAAUGUAGACCUGCAGCGCACCGCCCAGGUGUGCCACCCCGACACGGGCCUCUGCCUCAGCUGCAUCAACAACACCAGCGGGGCCCGCUGCCACCAAUGUGCUCCUGGAUUCUCAGGUGACGCCCUGGCUCACAACUGCAGCCGACUAACACUUGUCACCACAGCAGAGGUCCCCAACUCCAGCACUUCCUCCUUCGGCGGCAGCCUGACGACCGCCCGAGCGAGAGUCGCCUCGACCCCGACGCACGGUGGCAACCGGAGCGCGGCCGCCGCUCCACAGGCCACGCUGACCAGCCUGGGCGUCCCGGCGGACAACACCACGGCGUCGCUGACCGACGUCUCCUGGACACAGUUCAACGUCAUCAUCCUGGCCGUCAUCAUCCUGGUGGUGGUGGUGCUGCUGGGCUUCGUGGGCGGCGUCUACACCUACAGAGAAUACCAGAACCGCAAGCUCAACGCGCCCUUCUGGACCAUAGAACUGAAGGAGGACAACAUCAGCUUCAGCAGCUACCACGACAGCAUCCCCAACGCCGACGUGUCCGGCCUGCUGGAGGACGAGGCCAACGAGGUGGCGCCAAACGGUCAGCUGGCGCUCAACACGCAGGCGAACUGCUACAAGGUCUAGCGUCCGCCGCGGGAAGGGCCCUCCUCACACAACGCUGCUGGAACGUACCAAAUCCAAAGCUCCUCCCUCCCGGCUGACGCCUGCGACGCUUCACGAAGUGACAAAAGAAGUUUGCUCUUCUCGGCGAAGCGUCCAAAGAAAUGGCGGGCAAUCAGGAGGACUGGCAGGAGGCGAGCAUUUUCAAAUAUGGACUGUUUUGAGUCGAAAGGCCAUCACUCAAACCGAGACAAUGAUUGUUAUUUAAUGAAUUUGUAUUAUUAUUAUUAUUAUUUAUUGCUUCUUGGGAGGAAAUGCUGCACAUGUUUAUUUGAUCUCAUUUGAUGUUUUGUGACUUUGCUUUCCAGAGAGGGAACAAUGAAGGCUGCCGACACAUGUUUAUACUUCCUUGCCGGCACGCCUGACGUCACCUCCGACACUUUCUUUCAGCCAGCUUUUCCCCAACCCAGCUGCAGGCCAGUGACUCACAUCAGGGGUGUCCAUUGAGGGCCACACACUUAAAAAAAUCAAAGCGUGCGCCGGCCAUUUUAAUAUUUUUUUGUUUUGGAAAACCAAUACAAUUUAUAGAUUGUUUUUAAAAUAAGUGCUCCCCUCAAGUUUGGUCCCGGAGACCUGAAUAAGGCCUUAAAAAUAAUUAUUUAUUUUUUAUUAUUUUUAUUAUUCUUAAAUCUCUCAAUAUACUUCACUUCAGGUCCAUCCGUCAAUAUGAAGUAAAACUAAAUAAAAAUAUAUAUACACAGUAUGUCUGUAUAUUUACACACACACGUAUAUAGAUAUAUACACAGACACGCAUAUACAUACAAAUAUAUACACACAUACAUAUAUAUAUAUAUACAUACACACACACACACAUAUACAUAUAUAUAUAUAUAUAUAUAUAUAUAUAUAUAUAUAUAUAGUUUAUAUAUAUAUAUAUAUAUAUAUAUAUAUAUAUAUAUAUAUAUAGUUUUAUGGCCUAUUCGUCAAAGAAAACGUAGUUUAUGUAGUAGUUUAUGUAGUAUGUGUCAAAAACACAAAAUAUGCGGUAUUUCAAAGUAGAAUAUAUAGAAGCAAUUGGUGCAUUGAAUAUGUCCAUAAUUGAUUUUGAUUCAUUAUUAUUUUUUGGGGAAUGACAAUUAAAAAAAAAAAAUACCAUUAAAAUUCUUGGGAAUUCAAAAACAUAAAAAUGUGAAAAGUUAAUUAUCCUUUUUUUUUUUUUUUUUGAACUUUCAACGCUUAAAUUUUUUGAUCAACUACUUUGAAUUUUUUUCUUAUUUUUUAAUGGGGGUUUUUUGCUGUUGUUUUACACUCUUUUUGUCAAAGAAAACUUUGUUUUUAUUUGUCUAAAACACAAAAUAUGCAGUAUUUUGAAGUAGAAUAAAUAGAAGCAAUUGGUGCAUUGAAUAUGUCCAUAAUUGAUUUUGAUUCAUUAUUAUUUUUCGGGGAAUGACAAUUUGUUGAAAUAAAAAUCCCACUAAAAUUCUUGGGAAUUCAAAAGCAGAAAAGUUUUUAAAAAUUGUUAUCUUUUUAUUUUAUUUUUUUACUUUAAAGUCUUAAGUUUCGCAAUCAAAUUCAGCUCUAUCGUUCAAUUUAAAUGUUUUAUUUUUUUAAAUGUUUUUUUGCUGUUUUUUCACACCCUUUUUGUCAAAGAAAACAUUUUUAUAUGCCAAAGACAAAAUAUGCAAUAUUUUCACCCCAAAAUAUUUCAAUGUGUUAUCUUUGAUGUGAAGUAAUUGGAGCUUUGAAUAAGAGAAAAAACGUCAUAACAUUGAUUUUGAUUCAUUAGUAUUUUUUGAGCGAAGACAUUUGAAAAAAAAAACAGCCCGCAUGGCAGUUUUGUGUUAUUAGAGUCAACACUGCGAUUUUUUUCUCGUUACAUCUCACCUGUUUUUUGGGUAGUUUUUUUAGAAGACAAAAAGUGGGCGGCGCCGCACUUUGGACACCCCUGACUUCCAUCAUUCCUAUUAUUUCCCCUCUUGGGAGCACAGAAGCAUUUGGGAACAUGAACACUGUCAAAUGGGAGCAUGAAUAAUAUUGUUGAGAGUUUUCUGUGUUGCCAUGGCUACUCGGCCUUCACAUACAAUAUACAUCAAGCCCUCGUUUAAUCGCUGUUAAUCUGACUAAAUACAGUCCUGCAAAAUUCCAUCCAUCCAUCCAUUUCCUACCGCUUAUUCCCCUUUGGGGUCGCUAGUGCCUAUCUCAGCAAAAAUCGGUCAGAAGGCGGUGUACACCCUGGACAAGUGGCCACCUCAUCGCAGGGCCAACACAGAUAGACUGACAACAUUCACUCUAUAUCUUAAAAUUAUGACUUUUUUCAUCCCAUAGUUUUGACUCUCUCCUAAUUGACUUCUUAUCUCAUAAUUUUGACCUUUUAUCUUAUAAUUCUGACUUUUUUUAUCCAAUAAUUUUGACUUUUUAUCGACUUGUCCAGGGUGUACCCCGCUUUCCGCCCGAAUGCAUGAGAUAGGCUCCAGCACCCCCCGCCAUCCCGGUAGAAAAUGGAUGAGGCUCCAGCACCCCCCGCCAUCCCGGUAGAAAAUGGAUGGAUGGAUCUUUUAAUUACGACUUUUUUUAUCUCAUAAUUAUGACUUUUAAUCUCACAAUUAUGACUGUUUGACCUGUUUGUAUCUUUAGAAGAGAAAAUGGACACACCCCGACUUCCCAUGCUGUCAGUAAUUAGUCAACAUUCCACUACAAGGGUAAAAAAAUUAUUUUGUCCGAAGCCUGUAAAAAUACAAUCUUUUAAUUUGAUAUUUAUUGUUUAGCAGUUGAGCCGAGGCACAUAUUUGACAUAAAAAAAAAAACUCAGGCCACCAAACAAAGAUGAAAGGCAACAAUGUGGAUAAAAACCUCACAAUAUUUUCAGUGAAAAUAAUAUUUUUUUGUUGGUCUUUGGUCUGUUUGCUUGAACCCUGAAGAAAAUAAGUUGUGAGACAGAACUCCUCAGGUAGCAACAAGGUUCCGUAUGUGACGUGUGUGUAAAUGUGUACAGAAGAAUGUGAAUAGUAGUAGGUAGAAGUAGCUCCAAAGCUCGUCUCUCACCAGGACACCAUGUUGCUUUUUUUUUUAUCUUCUUCUUCGUCUUGUUGUGAGUGAAAGUGGCCACAUUUACGCAGAUGGAGGACUUGAACGCACCACCACCGUGUGAAUAAUCUCAACAAUAAUAAUUAUAACAGCCCAAAGUCAGCGCUCCACUCGAAUAAAAAGGAUUGAAUUGCC